UUCAACAUAUUCAAAGUUUUGCUCCAAACAGAUUAGUCCUCUUUUAGUUUCCCAGACUUUCGGUUAAGCAGAAAGAUCAAAAAUUUUAUGGAAUAACGAUUUGAGCCCCCUCUAUUAUUUUCUGACGGAGAUCUGGUUCUGGUUAAAGUACCUUCCUUGAGUGGCGGUUUCUGUAGUUUUUUUUUCAGGUAUUGCAUUUUAGGUACAGAAACCUAAAACAUAUCAUGACUGUAUCUCAUAAGUUUAUUUCAGAUUUUAUAAUCAGUCUGUAAUACCAUGAUACAAUGAAACUUUGUAACAACAAUUGAAGUUUAAAAAUAUUCAUUUUUUAAAUGAAUAGAACAUAUUAGUCAAUCAAAAAAGUUUCGGCCCAAUUAGUCCGUGUUUUGUGCUGUGGUAGUUCUUGGAAGUGAGUAUGCUCAAAUUAUUUAAAUCCUGUUACAGGAACCACGGGGACAAAACAGUCAAAUUUCUAAACAGUACGGCAAAAAUGAUUCACCUUCAAGUAGGUCAGACAGUCACAAUCAAACGAACUGUAACACAAGCAGUGUUGGAGCAGUUCAUGAAAAUAUCUGGCGACUGCAAUGAAGUUCACAUGCAAAAGCCUGCUCUUGUUCAUGGUGCCUUAUUAAACAGCUUUGUGUCUGCGGUAAUUGGAACGAGGUUACCUGGUCACGGAACCUUGCUCUUGGGGCAAAAUUUACGGUUUCCCAACCCCUGUUAUUUAGGUGAAGAAAUUACAAUUGUUGUUACAAUUGAAUCGGUCAAAAAAAUUGUUGUAUGCUCUUUCAAUUGUAGUGUGAUAGACGAUAUAAAUAGCCCAAAGGCUGUGCUCACAGGCACUGCCAAGUUGUUGUGUAAAUCUUAGAUUAUUUUUUCUUUUGUUAAGGUGUAUCGCGUACAAUGCUGAACUCGUGAUAUUAACCUCUGAUUACUUUGCUUUAUUCAGGAAAUGAUUUGAUUUUUUGAGAGCAGCUCGAACUAAGUAAACCAGUGAUUUUCAUGGGUUUAUAUCAUUAUUGUAAGUAAAAUGUCCCAAAAAUGUUUGGAAAGAAAAUACCCUCUCAUUAUUGCUGUGUAUAUUGAAAGAAUUGUUACACUUGUUGAAUUUCACUGUGAUAAAGAUUUUAAGGAAUUAAAAAAGAAAUUAAAACUCAUCUGAGAA